AUGGACGUGUCUCAGCAGGAGCGGAGCUCUUCCUUCCUCCACCACACCGUCACAGGAGCUCUUCAUCAUCCAGUCCAGGCACUUAUCGUUCUCCUCUUCGUCGUCGCCGUUGCCACGCGCGUCGUCACGGGACUCCAAUACCGCGCUACGGUGUCGAAUCAGCCACAGGGGAACAGUCCGCGAACUGUGCCUAUUCUUCCGUAUUGGAUCCCAUGGAUCGGCCAUGCGAUCAACUUUGCCGCAGGGGGCACGACUUUCUUGACCGCCGCAGCCCGGUCACUCGGAGGCAAUGGCUCCAUCUACGCCCUCUGGAUGGCGAAUUCCAAACACAACGUUGUCACGGUUCCUAGUCUGGCGAAACAAAUCUUGAUGGACAGGAGCAGCCCCAUCACCAUGGAGGAUUUCAUCUAUCAUGUCAUGAAGACCUUCUGGGGCGAUGGCGGUGCGAUCAGAGCCAUCGAUCCGGCUCACCUGUGGGGCAACAUCCACGGAGUCCUGUCCGGCAUGUUGCGCGAGAGUUUCGUCACUACGGCCAUCAAGGUUACCGUCGACAUGGUCCAGGAAAGGACGUGGAAUAUGAUCUCGGGCGCAGUGAGUCCUGUCGACCAGAGUAUUUGGGAACGCCAGGGGAAUGUCGAGAUUCUGUCCAAGGGGAAGAGCGACGGGGAUUUCAUCGCCGAAGCCAGUCUUAUGCCCCUGAUAAGGUAUUUCGUGGGCGACAUUGCCACCACGGUACUGUUCGGGAAGGACUUUAUGGAGAAUAACCCGAACAUCAUGCCGGACCUGUGGCAGAUGGAUACGCGGUUCAAUCUCUUCUUGACCGGCGCACCGAGCUGGUUUCCUGGAAUGGGGGGGCCAGCGAAAGCAAGAGAACGGAUCGUCCAGGCCAUUGACGAACAUCAUCAGGCAUUGUUCAAGUAUCUCGACGGUCAGGACCCCGGGCCAAGGUGGAGUGACAUGUCUGAUGUCUCUUCCGUGAUUAUUGAUCGUGCGCAAGCGUUCCGGGCGGCAGGAUCUUCGCCUAGAGGAUGGGCGACGGGCAACGGAGCGCUUCUGUGGGCCAUGAACAUCAAUGCAAAUGCCGUGAUCUUCUGGAUGGUAUGGUAUGUCUUCUCGACCCCGUCGUUGCUCCAAGAGGUUCGGCGCGAGAUUACUCCCUACGUGCGCUUUCACCAGCCGGCCGCGACAGGGCUUCCAAUCAAGGAACAACCGAAGCUUGAAAUCGACGUCGCUGCUCUGUGGGGUAAAUGUCCUCUUCUGAAAGGGGCGUUCUUCGAGGCAAUGCGCCUGGAAGCUCCCAGCAUGUCAUACAAGAUGGUCGAGGACGACUUUGUGGUCUACGAGGACGAGAAAGAUGCGAGCAACUUGGGCAAGAAGGAGCCUCAGAGCUGGCUGCUGAAGAAGGGCGAACUGAUCUGCAUUCCACACGGGGUCCAUCAGAGCGACGAGAAAUACUUCCGCGACCCCGAGCGAUUCGACCCCAGACGGUUCUGGGCCAAGGAAAGCCACGCAACAGAGAAGGGUCAGAAUGGUCAUGUCAACGGUGCCACGGAAGACGAAGCCGAGGUCAGAGUGGAGUACAAGACGAUGAAAGUCUGGGGAGGCGGCAAGCAGAUGUGUAAAGGCAAGACCUUCGCCGAGAGGGAAGUCGUCCUGUUCGGAGCCGCGAUCAUCAUGCAGUGGGAUAUCGAGCCCGUCGACAAUGGCGGGAAGUGGGUGCACCCAGGUCGCAUAGUCGGCGCCGGUGCGAUGAACCCAAAGCAUGACGUGCGGGUUCGUAUGAGGCGGAGGGAGGGAUGGUAG